AUGCGCUUCAUUUCAUUCCUUGCAGCUUUUGGAGCUGCGAAUGCAGCAAUCGACGUCCAGCUUGUAUGGCGCCUCGAGAAGGACUCCGGACACUCUUCUGUGAGCGCCCUUGACCUGAAGAAAGGCACCCUACUUGCUGGAUCUUGCGGCAGCACCCUUGAGGCCGACACCCCCAUCGACUUCUCGAAUGUCGACAAAGACGGCAAUGGAAACUUUACCGUUGGUGAUGCAAACUACCGAGUCCACUCGAAGCCCGAGUUCUCAGGCGGCCCUUCGUGCUCCAAGACGUUCAACGCCAAAUACUCCCUGGUUCAGUGUUCUGGCGUGAAGUGGCCUGGUACUCCAGAUAGCGCUAAUGGUAAUGCCACGGACUGUUUCAAGGACGAGGACUCGCAGGCCACUUUCCAUGCUCUCGAGGCCCGCGGUCUUUCUCAUGAGCUGCAUACGGCUCACAGACGAGAUACGCACCAGAAUGACGAGAGACAGUUUUGUUCCUGGUACACCACCACGAACCUGGUCGAUGACGGUAACCCGCAUCAGAACUAUCUCCAUAAACAACUCUCGGAAACUAUCAACUGCGGCACUGCCGAGUCAUGCUCAGUUGGUAGUAUGCAAUCAAAGUCCUUCACAAUUGGAUGGAGUUCCGAUUUCAGUGGCGUACCAUGGAUCUCGGGAGGCUUCAGUGUGUCGGAAAGCUGGACUACGGGCAACUCCUAUACAUGCAAUGCUGGAAAAGGAGAAACGGCGUGCAUCUGGUACAACACCGCUCACACGGCUUAUACUGUCCGCGAGACCGCACGAAACUCAUGUGGCGGCUCUUACACUGCGCGCGGCCCAUACAUUCUAUUCUCCCCAAACGACCAGAACCGCGGUGGUGGAUACUACUGUGUCAUUGGUACUUGCCGCUCACAGGGAGAUGAAUACUGGGACAAGUCGGGUCGUGCUGGCGGUCCUUAA